AUGCUCACUGGCGCGGCUUCGCCCGCUUUCGUGGCUUUCAGACCAUCCGCGGCUUCAGGCACCCAACGGACGGUUUCGACUCCUCCAGCUUCGCAGAUUUCGCAGGAAAGCUGGAGCCCCCUCGCACUAGCAGCACGAAAUGUUGCCACAGGCAGUGGUUUGCUUUAUGCAGCGUUUGCAGCACGAUCUGGACGCAGAACCGCGAGGCGAGCCGUCGACAUGCCGGUCAAAGAGCCGCCUGUGACCACAACCGUGGCGAUUCCGGGGGCCAAGGUUGAGGAGGAGACAAAGCAGAAACGAGCCGAUGAAUACCGCCUAGUGCUGUACAACGAUCCCUUGAACAAGCGUGAGUUCGUUGCUAGGUGCCUGAUGACCAUUUGCUUACUCAAAGAGGGGGAUGCCUACCAGGUCAUGAUGAAAGCUCACAAGGAAGGAGUUGCCGUUGUAGGCACCUACUCCUUCGAAACUGCAGAGGCAUACUGCGAUGGGCUGAAGUCUCAAGGUCUCAGUGUGGACAUUUUCCCUGUCGACAAGGAUGAAUAG